AUGGAUAAUAAAGACUUUUUAAAUUCAUUGGCAAAAUCAAAAUCGGAUAGCAAACGUCAUCGAAUGCUUAGACAAGCUAACAGUCAGCAACUUCUUGCCAUCGCUGAAAUAUGUUUAAAUAUUGUAAAAGCACGUUAUCAACUAACUACCCGCCAACGGAAACGUCUUUUACCCUAUGCUGAAUUUGUCCGCCGCAUGAGUCGUGCUAGAAGUGAGAGGGGAGCAAGAAAAAUUAUUUCACAGAAGGGAAGUGGGUUAGGAGGUGUCCUUACAGCUCUUCUUACCCCUAUACUUAUAGAAAUUGGAAGAAAAAUUAUAAAAAGUGAUACCGAUACAAAUUAA